AUGAAUUCUUUUGUCCGGCGGCAAGAGCUACGAGACGCGUGGAAACUUUCGGAAUUCGCUUGGCUAAUCAUCCGUUUCGAUUUUGCGUAUCAACAAAAGGAAGAGAUUCUGUAUGGUAUCUUCCAUUCGGCACUCCGGCUGCCGCCGGUUUUAUUAUCAUUACUCACAGACAGCAGUCUCGUUUCUCUAAUAACGCUGGCCUCGCUAUCAUUAAUGAUUAUGGUAUGUGACCCCGUCGAUGCUGCCAACGUUUUUACAGUAGGUGAUGACAAGGGAUGGACAAUUGGCUUUGACUACCAGGCGUGGGUACAAGGCAAACAAUUCCAUGUCGGAGACAGACUGGUGUUCAACUACCCGAAGGGAGUCCACAACGUGCUAGCAGUAAAUGGGUCAUCAUUUGCAAACUGUUUUAAUGAAACCAUCUCUGGAAAGUUUGAGAGCGGGCACGAUGAUCUACAAAUUAAGAAAAGCGGGAAUAUAUGGGUUAUCUCUGGUGUGGGGCAGGAUUGCGAAAACGGUAUGAAGUUCAAAAUGACAGUUAUUGAGGAUGAGAGUCCAACUGCUUCACCUGCACCUGAACCAGCACCAGAGUCAUCAGACUGGACUGGAGAUUCAGAACAACAUUGGCCUACUCCUGCUCCAUCUUCUGGCUAUCGCUCAAAGCCUUGGUAG